ACUACCGGCCGGGCCACCUAAACACAAUGUCGCAUCAGUACUCCGUACCGGACUUGACUUGAUAUACAAAUGCGAAUGGGUCAAUCUUACUGCCAACGACGAUAAAAUCAUAGGACUCCAUGUUGGUUUCUUCAAAGUGGGACUAUAGAACACACCACGAAAGGAGAAGAUGCUACUGCGACAUUAUUAUCCCCCGCAGCCGAAGAUGGCCUUUAUACACCCCGCCACGGAUAGGGGGGCCUGUUUAGCUUCAUUUUGUAGACCGGCAUCUAGAGGAGCACGAUGUUACCGAACAAGAAGACCGCUUCUUCUUCUGGUUCCCCAUUUACUCCGUAGUCUGUCAUGUGCGUUGUCGCGUUCACUAAACGGAAACGAGCUCCACUAUGUCAGUUGGCGGUGGGAUCGUCUGGCAUUAUUGGGCAUCCGGAGCACUAUUCUAUGCAUAUGGUUAAUGGAUUAUGAUCUCCAGAAUCUGGAGCUGAAUAAAAUUCGACCAGGACCAUAUUCCCUCCCGAAUACGAAUACUUGUACGGAGUACAUCUGUGCCGGAACUUGCGGGUCAGAAUGGUCUAAAACUGUGGGGUUGGCAUCCACUUUGUCAUGUUAUUGUCAACCAUGGUGGGCCUUUUAACUGGCUGAGAUCUGCCGCAUAGCUUAGACUAAGGCCGUAGCUGUAGCGUAUUGCU